CAAAGAGUUAAGAACAGGCCGUGCUUUGCGCUUGGAAAGAAAGUGAAGAGGGCGUAGUAACUCAUCCACACUUGACAGCGCUCCGAAAAGGUGAGUGAGUUUGGUCAGGGUGGUUUAUGGCGAUUUGGUCGAAGAAGUUGAGCAAUAAAAGCCAGAGCCUCAGAUUAUGACGCAUUCGUUUUUUCGCACGGCACAAGGACAAUUCUGGGCUUCCUGCUAAAGGGCUGGGUCGCUCUGUUUCUUCCUUUCACUCUUCGAUUCUUCGAGGGCCGUUCCUAUAACGGUUCUUCUUUUCCCUGAGAUUUACUCUUUCUGAGGCUACGAGGGAAAUAUGUUGCAAAGCACCGUGGGCAGGGACUGGUCCUGUACGGACGAAUACGAAAAACUUGUUUUCCGGAUGGGCACUCCAAGGGUUGUCAUCGACAAUGCCGUUUGCCCCACAGCAACUCUAGUCAAGGUUGAUAGCGCUAGAAGGCAUGGCAUUCUUUUGGAUGCCGUACAAAUUUUAACUGAUCUGAACCUUUCAAUUCAAAAGGCUUACAUUUCCUCUGAUGGCAAGUGGUUUAUGGAUGUUUUCCAUGUCACCGAUCAAAACGGAAGCAAGUUAACGGAUGAGAGCGUUUUAACAUAUAUUGAACAGUCUCUUGGAAGCAUUCAGAUUGGGAGCACCAACCAUUCUAAUGGUCUUACUGCGCUGGAAUUAACCGGAACGGAUCGCGUUGGUCUUCUCUCGGAGGUUUUUGCUGUACUGGCAGAUCUUCAAUGCAAUGUGGUGGACGCUAAGGUUUGGACUCACAAUGGCAGGAUUGCAUCUCUGAUCUUUGUAAGAGACUUCAAUUCUGGGUCCCCCAUCGAGGACGCUCAGAAAAUUAAUAGAAUUGAGGCACGUUUGAGAAAUGUGUUAAAGGGAGACAAUGACAUUAGAAGUGCAAGAACUUCUGUCUCUUUGUCUGUGAUGCACACUGAAAGAAGACUGCAUCAGAUGAUGUUCGCAGACCGUGAUUAUGAGAGGAAUCCCAUAUUCAAAUGUAACUUUGAUACCCCAGUAGUGACCGUCCAAAAUUGGGCAGAAAGGGGCUAUUCAGUUGUGAAUGUCCAGUGCAAGGAUCGAAUAAAGCUCCUAUUCGAUGUUGUUUGCAAUCUAACGGACAUGGAAUAUGUCGUGUUUCACGCAACUAUUAACACAACCAGAGACCAAGCGUAUCUGGAAUUUUAUAUAAGACAUAAGGAUGGUACGCCAAUUAGUUCAGAACCAGAGCGUCAACGUGUUAUCCAGUGCUUGGAAGCAGCCGUGGAAAGAAGGGCAACUGAGGGUGUUAGACUUGAGCUAUGUACGGAAGACAGGCAGGGUCUUUUAGCAGAGGUCAUGAGAACAUUCCGAGAAAACGGACUCAAUGUGAAAAGGGCUGAGAUAUCCACCAUGGAGGACAAGGCUGCAAAUGUGUUCUACGUAACGGAUGCGAUUGGAAACCCCGCUGACCCCAAAAUCAUAGAAUCUGUGAGGGAGAAGAUUGGGCUGAAUCAGUUGAAAGUGAAGGAACUGCCAUUGAUAUGUCAUCAGAAAGCAGAUAGGGAAGAUCAAACAUUUGGAGUGGGUGGGACAGUGUUAUUGUCUAUCGGGAGCCUCGUGAGAAGGAAUCUAUACAAUUUGGGGCUGAUCAAAUCGUGUUCUUAAAGCACAAAGGGAGCGUAGAAAAUUUAUAGCAUAAUAUUCUUUGCGUCAGGUUUGGGCUAUCUGUAGUUCUGUACAUAAGAAAGUAAAGGUGGGAUUUGGCAGUAGUUGUUGUAGGUCGAUUGGGUUUGGUUGGUGGGACAAUAUUAGGUAAUACACAGCUGGAGGGAAUGGCAGAGCCCCACCAUUUUAAAUUCUGUGUGAGGUAGUAAGGAUUUAAUAGGAGAGAUGGGGAUUUCCACAUUAGGUUGUGAUAUAGGUAGGAUUCUUGGUGGCGCAGACGGGCCAUUAGGUUAGAGACAUGGCGAAUUUGGUGUAUACAGCACACAACUCAUUUGUACAUAACGACCAUUCAGAGUAUUAAUUUUAGUGGUUGACUUCA